AUGUUAAAAUUACAUUAACAAUUAAUUCAUUGUCCUUCACAUAAAGAGAAAAUAGUAUCAUUUAAUAUUGAAAAACAUUGUCCUUUAAAUUAGAGAGUACUUUGCAAAAAGUGUCCAACAGAUGGAUUAAAAUUAGAUAUUGAAGAAGUAGAAACUUUGCCUUAAAGAAAUUAAUUAAAUGAAAAACAUUUAUAAAUCACAUCAUAAUUCAUUUAACAUAUCAAUCAUCAAUAUAAUACACUUAAAUAAUAAAUAAUUGAAGAAUUAGAUCAUUUUAAAAAAGAACUAGACAAUUUUGUACAUCCAAUAAUAAAUUAAAAAGAAAAGUUUGAUUAUUAUUUAGUACCUGAAUCAACUUUAACUUUAAAAGAUUUUUAAGAAUUAGGAUAAUUAUUAGCUGAAAAUAUUGUGAUUGAAGAAGAUCAUUUUGUACUUGAUUUUAAUAAAAUAGUAACUUAAAAUCAUAGAUAAUAUAUAUAAUCAAAAUUUACUGAUUUAGAACUCUUAUUAUAAUUCUUCAGAAAUAUUAAUUGUAAUAAAUAAAUUGAACAUCAAAUAUAAUCACGAAUUCAAUAAUAAUAUGAACAUAAUCAUUAACAUACAAAAUUAUCAAAGCAUUCCUGUCAAAUCUUAUAGACAAAUCAAAAUAUAUUGUCUUUAGGAAUCAAUUAUGAAGAAUCAAUAUUAAUUCUUGGUCUAUAAGAUAAAGCAGAGACUAUAUAAGAUAAUUUAGUUGUAUAUUAAAAAAAUGAAUAAGGAAAUUGGGAAUUAGAUCAAAUUUUAUAACAUCAUGAUUCUUCUGUUCAUCAUAUUUAUUAUAGUAAGAAAGAAGACUGGUUCAUAUCUGUAAAUAUGGAUAGUAAUAUAAUAUUUUGGAGAAAGUAACAUAAUAAUUGGAUAUAAAAUAAAUUGAAAUAAGAACAUUUAAAUUUCAUUUGGAAUGUAAUAACAAGUGAGGCUGAAAAUAUUAUAGUAACAUGUAGUGAAGAUUCUACUGUUAAAAUAUGGUUUAAACAUGAAGAUUCAAUUAAAUGCAUUCAAACACUUAAUCGACAUAUAGGACCAGUAUAUGCAAUAGUCUUAAAUAAUGAUAAUACAGUAUUAUGUAGUGGAGGAGAGGAUAAAUAAUUGAUAUUAUGGAAAUUUAUUGAAUAAUAAUGGGAAGAAUUUUAAGUAAUUAAUGUUCAUUCCAAAAAAAUAAUGGCAAUUUAAUUUUAUGGUUUAAAGAACAUAAUUGUUUAAUUUGAAAAUUACAUUUAAAUAAUAGAUAGAAAAAGUGGUUAAUGCAUAGAAUAAGUAAAUCAUAAUGAAUAUAGGAUAUCUAAUUUAAUCUAUUUAAAUGAUUAAUUGAUAAAUUAUGAUUUUAAUGGAAAUUUAUUAAUUUGGAUGAAAAAGGAAGAUAAUAGAUGGUAUAUUGUUUUGAAAUAAAUUUAUGCACACAAAAUUAAAUGUGUUUAUGGAAGAGGAAAUGAAUUAUAUAUUGGAGAAGGUAGUAAAGUUCAUAAAAUGCAAUUAUGA